CGUCAGCUUGAUGCUGCUAGCUGUAGGUUCCUCCUCUCCGUACUCAAAAGAGAAAAGCAAGCUGAAAUGUCUUUUUUCGUCAUUCCGUGUUGUUGAACCGCGGCUGGUGAAAGCCAGAGGACCCAAAAUGUCCCCAGAUAUCUGCGGUGAAUCACGUCCUGAACAAGAGUUCUAAUGAAAACACACUGAAAACACCAAGUCGGCACGUUUACUUUAGCACAGCCUUGUUUUUUACCGUUUACCGUGUUUUCCCCCGUUAUUUUUGAUAGCUUUGAGAGUCUUUUAAACUAUGGCGUUCUUCGUGAAAAAGAAGAAAUUCAAGUUUCAGACCCAUCUUACCCUGGAGGAGCUCACCGCGGUGCCUUUUGUCAACGGCGUCCUCUUCUGCAAGCUCCGGCUGCUGGAUGGAGAUUUUGUCGCUACUUCUUCCAGAGAGGAGGUUCACAAUCACUGUGUGCGCUGGAGGAAGAGGUUUACCUUUGUGUCCAAAAUGAGCGCCAACCCCCACACUGGAGUUCUGGACCCGUCUGUCUGCAGGGUGUCAGUCAGGAAGGAACUCAAAGGAGGAAAGGCGUACACUAAGCUGGGCUUCACAGACCUCAACAUGGCGGAGUUCGCAGGUUCGGGCUCCACCGUGCGCUGCUGUCUGCUGGAGGGAUAUGACACGAAGAACACACGGCAGGACAACUCCAUACUGAAGGUGAUCAUUGGGAUGACCCUCCUGUCAGGAGAUCCGUGCUUUAAAACACCUCAAAGCACAGCAAAGUCCAUCUCCAUCCCAGGACAGGAGCACACCCUGCAGCUGGACUGCAAGGGGGAGGGCACUGCUGAGCCUGGACCGCCGGGAGGGGUUUCCCUGGGCCGAGGCUCCAAACAUCGGCCUUCCAUCAUCAGCUCAGGACUCCUGGAGGAAUCUGAGGUGAAUCCGUCGGUUCCCGCAGAAGCUUUCCAGUCUGGUCACUCUCGUAACUCCAGCUAUGCCAGCCAGCACAGCAAAAUCUCAGGAUACAGCACGGAGCACUCCUGUUCCUCCAGCCUGUCGGACCUCACGCAUCGCAGAAAUACCUCGACAGGAAGCAGCACCUCCGGGGGCUUGUGCUUCACGGUUGACACCCCCCCAGAUGGGGACAAGGACGCUGGACGUCCGGAGAGACCCCCUCGACCCCCACGACCAGUUUUACCCCCAAAUAGGCCUCCGAGGAGGAAGCAGGACUCGGUGGAGAGUCACCCCUCCUGGGUGAACGACACUCGCAUGGAUGCCGACGACAUCGUGGAGAAAAUCGUCCAAAGCCAGAACUUUGCAGACAUCAGCCACACUGAAGACAGCAACCUGCGCCUGUUCGUCAGCAGAGACGGAACCACGGCGCUCAGCGGCAUCAGGCUUGGAAAUAGGGUGCCUGCUGGUGGCUACGAGCCCGUGGUGAUCGAGAGCCAUUAAACCGAGCAGCAGGAGAGGCGACACGUGGACCAGCACGUGCAUCAGCUUGACUUUUUUUUUUUUUUUUUUCCUGGAGCUUCAGCUGGUCUGACGCCGUGAGAGGAAAACCUCAUCAGUGUGCACUUUAUGUGAAGUUUGUGGCAGCGCUCGUGCUGCGCUCCGUUAAGCUGUUUCUGUGACGUUUAAAAGGCGGCAAAAAUGCACAAAAACGUUUCUCCUGAGCUGCUGCUGUGACACAGUAACAGCAGGUUUUAUAGAUUAAAAAAUAUUUCAAGCAUUGAGCUGAUUAUUAAGCUUUGUAAUAAAUAUACACUAAUCCAACGUGUUUUUAGCUUCAGAGCUGCCAAAAUUCCUUUAAAAUGCACGUUUAAGAUGGCAGUAAUCGAUUGAACACUAACUGGAUGCAGUACGUACUGAAAACUUUCAUGUACUACAUGCAUGAAAAUACGUACUGCUGCCUUUAAAUACCUCUCAGAUCGCAGUAAGAAGGGCAGGGAAGGGCGCCUUUGUUAAAAAAGAAUUAUGGAAAGGUUUCCAUCUCCAGAAGUCCUCAUCUGAGGCUCAGCAGCCAAGCAGGAUAACUCUCUGCGCAUAAAUGAUUAAAAAGUGCCCAAUUCUGAAGCAUCUGAUCUCCCAUUGAAGGCACCAAAUCAACACUGAAUGUGAUCCAGAUGUUUAAAAAAAAAACAACACUGAGCAGAAACUUUUUGUUUUAGUUUGAAGUCGUCUCCUGUUGAUCAGGGAAAUCACUACAACCACUCUGUGCCUGUAAAGUUUCUCUUAAAUGACCCUAAAGCACGAUGAAAACUGUUAAGUCCGAGUGCUGGUGAAGAGAGAACUGUUUGUUUGUUUGUUUGUUUGUUUGUUUGUUUGUUUGUUUGUUUGAGGGGUUACUCACUUCAGCAUGCUUAAGUUUCAAGCUGCACUUUUGCUCACUCACAUCGACGAUCAGUUAGUUAAUUCUCUCCUCAGAAAAACACUAGCUCCAUGCAGUAAACUAGCGAUGGCCUUUUGCUGCGAAAGCCUCUGUCGCCCCCUGGUGGAGGGACAGGGCUUUGCAGGGUGCUUUGUUUAACAGCAGAUCAGCAGAGUUUCUGUGUUGCCAACCAGCGGGCUGGUUUAAGCUUCUUUUAAAGAAAGGUUUCAGCUGCUCUACAAAGUUUUCCACCUCAGGAUGGAAAAUAGAUUUCUAUCCUAAAGAAAGAGUCUUAAAAUCUUAUUUUUCUUUUGUAAAACAAUCAAAAAAGCUGAUAAUGCUGUGAAUUACAUAAAAGUUGUGCCUUGUAUGUUUACUAAACUCAUGGCUGAGUUAAAACAGGUCAUUUUGCUGAAGAAUAAAAUAUAUUUUUCUUUAUUAAAUGUGUAAAAAUAUAAUGGAAAUACAUAGAUUUCUCAUAGAUAACCAGCCUGGAGAAAUUCAGACAGUGAUAAAGGAUCUUAUCUUUUCAGUGUUGUGCUCUUUUAUAUACAUUUUAACCAGUUUCUUUAAGAGAGCUUUCAGUUACUCAAAAGUAAAAUAGAUUUUUGUUUAUCUGAUUAACAGGAAUGUGAAAAAACAUUUUUUUUGUGUGAAGAAGAGCAGGACAGUUAAACCGGCCUUUUUUGUUUGUUUGUUUGUUUGUUUGUUGUCUUUAAAUAAUUUGUUCGCCCCUUAUUGUAUUUUAAAGAUUAGAGACUCAACAGUUUUAGAUUAAAUUACUGAUAAGAAAUCAUUUUUAGUGUUUAGGUUUGGAGUUUGUAAAGGCGUCCUGAUGGGCUCUGAGAAGCUGUUUAGAGACGCCGUAGCUGCAGAGGUUUAAGAAUUUAUAGUAAAAUGAAACCGAGAAAAACAACAAAUUGCUCUCCAUGUUUACUAUUUUAAAAGGUAAGAUUUUAAGACUCUUUAUCAGUGAACUUGUUAUCUUUUUUCCUGUUCUGCUUCACAUUAUGCUCAUUAUAGAUUUUAUUAUAGUUUAUUAAUCACACAGUUAGUUAUUCUCACAUUUGGGGAUGAACCACUUUAGUCAGAGUUUAGGGUCACCAGAGCCUCUUGAUUUAGUUUAAAGCCUUUAUUUAUAUGGUUUUGGUUCUGUUUGGAGGUUUGUCAUAAGCUAUGCACACAACUCGCCUCCCUGUGCUUUUGUUUUUUUCUUUUAGCAAAUUCUUCUAUUAUAACGAAACUAGUGUAACCUAAAUUUGUAGAGAUUGAGUUGGAAAUUUAUUUCCAAACACACAAUAGUUACAAUGAUUCUUUAUUUUUUUUGUAUAUUUCUUUUAAAAGAUGACUUCUAAACAAUAAAAAGCUAACCCGA